AUGAACUCUUCCGAUGGUCCAGCGAUUACAUUGCGACACCACGCAAAAUGGCAGUGGAUCCAAAGGGUAUUUAUCCUCUCAGGAGAGGUAGACAUUAUCUCUCUCAACACCAGCGAGGAUUUUCAGGCAACGUCGAUGCAUAUGUCUGCGACUCUUUCUGAGGACCGGCGACAACCUACUGGGACCGUGUGUGUCUUCGCAGCAGAGAUCUGCUCUAUGAAGAUUCCAACAAUCGAAGAGUUUAACAACAUUCCCGGAAUUAUCGGUGUAGCAAGGCUCUCGAUCCAUACAGUCAUUCCCAAAGACAUCGUGCAAACUUGGAGAAGCCGAGCAUAUCGCAUUGUUUUGCGUCUUCACGCUUUGCAAGGCGACCAGCAGAAGUUGUUGGCUGAGGACGUCAUUCAGAUUCCCCAACCUGGAACUACUGGUUUCGUCAAAUCGUGCUAA